AUGGCUCCUCCUGAAAUUAUAGGUGAUCCAUACUACCAAAUAGUAACAGGUGAUAUUGAUAACACCAUCAGACUAGGGGAAGGUUCUGAUUCUUUCUUUGUUAUUCACCUGUUCGCAAAAUUUUCACGACAUCCACUAACUAGUAGCGAACCAAAUUUUACAAAUUGGAUGGUCGAUAACAGCAUGGAAGACUCUGUUUGUAGCGAUACUAUUGUAUUUCUUUCAAGACAAACAUUGAUGGCCAAUGAAAAUAAUCAUGCCAAAGUUAUCAUUGACGAGAUGCUCGGUGAGGCUUAUCUCCAUCCUUCUAUAUUUUUUCUUUCAGAUAAAAUUAUUGAUUACACUCGAAAGAUGUGGAACGAAGAGGAUUUUAAUUUCUGUGUAAAAGUGGAUGUUCAUGUUUUUGUUUAUGAUCUUCCUCCACAACACGAUUCUGGCAUUGAUGGUGAUGUUGAUAGUGAGGAUUAUAUGGAUAAUAUGACUAUUAAUUUCGUGGCGGCAAGCGAGCAAUCCAUUGAAAGAUUGGAGAAAGUUUUGAUUAAAGAUGAACAAAUUGUAUGUUCUAUUUGCUUUGAGAAUGUUCAUGUUGGUUUGGAAGCUACAAAGUUACCUUGCACACACACAUAUCAUGAGAAAUGUAUUGUUCAGUGGCUACAAACUAGUAAAUUUUGUCCAAUGUGUCGAUUUGAGAUAGUUUUUAAAAAUCAUUUUUAUAUUUGUUACACAAAUUUCAACAUGUAUUAA